AUGGCUCGUAGACAACCCAAUCGUGAAACCCCUGAGGUACCUAGCCUUGCAAGGGCUUUAGAAUCUAUCGCAUCCGCUCUUCAACAACAGGGAGCUGCUUUAAUGCAACAGCACACAACGGCCCUACAACAGUUAGAAGCGGCCAGACUAAAUUCUGAAGCAAGCCAAAGACAACAUGCGAAAACCUUAAGACAACUAGCCGAGAAUGGCACCCAUGUGGAAGCUCAACCUCAGAGAGUUCAGGAAUGGACCUUAGAAAAUUUUCUGCAACAUCGUCCAGCUAUUUUUAAUGGGAAAACGAGUCCGGAUGAAGCUGAUCUCUGGAUAAGGAACUUGGAAAAGAUUUUUGAAGCAAAGAGGUGUCCACCCGAAACUAGGUUGGCAUACUCUGAGUAUCAGCUAUCUGGGGAAGCAGCACACUGGUGGAACAACACAAAGCUGGUAUUAGAGGAAAGUGGUGAGAUUAUAACUUGGGAAAUUUUUAAGAGUAAAUUUUAUGCUGAGUACUUUCCGGACAGUGUGAGACAUUUGAAAGAGGUGGAGUUCUUGCAGCUGGUGCAAGGCAACAAAUCCGUAGCUGAAUAUGCAGACAGGUUCAAACACUUGGUUCGUUUCUACACCCAACCGUCAAAUGAAGAAUGGAGGUGCAGGAAAUUCAAAAAUGGAUUGAGAGCAAACAUUCAACUAGCUGUGAAUCCUUUAGCUAUUAAGGAGUUUGCUGCUUUAGUAGAACAUGCCAAAGCUGUGGAAAGGUUAAUAAGUGAGAUUGAAGUUCAGAAGUUACCAAGGGUAGGAGGACCAUCUGGAUCACGAGUUGAACGACAUGUAAGGAAUCGACCUUAUGACAGACCACAACCUCAGAGGAAUCCUCAUCAGCAACAACACCAACAGAGAAUAAUCCAAUGUUUCGUCUGCGGAGGACCUCAUCUGAAAAGCGUCUGUCCACAAGUUAAUCUGCGCAACAAGUGUUUUCUUUGCGGAGUUGAAGGACAUUUUGCUAGAGAUUGUCUUUCUAACAGAAGAGGAACAACUCAACCUCAACAACCGCCUCAACAGGGAAGGACUGACAAUAAACCACAAGCGACUGGGAGAGUCUAUGCCUUAACGGGAGCAGAAGCUGCCAAAUCAGGUACUCUCAUCAUUGGAUGUUGUAAUAUAGCUGGUAGAGACUUGAAUGUAUUGUUUGAUUUUGGAGCGACACACUCCUUUUUGUCUGAAACUCUUAUUCAAGAGUUGAACCUACCUGUAAAAGAGCUGUAG